ACUGUAAUAGACACAGCGGUCUGUUGUGCGAAUGAACAUGCCAGUUACAGAUACAAAACCUGCAGUCGUAUCUAAGCAAGCCGAUGUGGUGAUCAAUGGGGUAGCAACACAGGUGGUGUGCUCUGCAUUUACCAAUCAAAUCCUGGUCGUGGUAACUCAGUACGGGAAAAUGGGAACGCUUGUGUCAGUCACGCCAAGCUUAGUCUCCAGUGAUCUUGGAAAGCCCUCACUGACUACCAAAGUGCUGUUGGGUCAGGAUGAGCCUCUUGUCCAUGUGUGCGCAAAGAAUCUGGUGACUUUUGUGUCUCAAGAAGCCAAGAACAAACCAGUUCUUCUGUCUAUUGCAUUAAAGGACAAAAGUGUAGACUGUAUUAAAACAUUAAAAGAUGUCAUUCGAACCUGUCAGGUCUGGUGAUGAAAUGAACUAGACUUUUUUUUUUUUUUUUAGUCAAGCCUAUGUCAGAUUAACUGUUUUGUUAAUAAUCCAGCUACAAAAUGUACAGUUACAUUAUCUAUAAUAAAUAUAUUUUUAUACUCUA